UACACAGGGCCCGAUCUCAGCGAGUCUCCCAUGUCACGAUAUGACAGGAACCAGCCCACCCGGAACCACCGGUCCAAUCCCUGCUGUUUCUGCUGGUGCUGCUGCUGUAGCUGCUCAUGGAAUGAAGACCGAAACAGACGCAGGAGACUUUCCCGGGACACCAAGUUGGAGAUCGUCCCUCACUGUGAAGUUUGUUCCAAACCGAGCUCGGAGGAGAUUCGCAGUUGGGCCGGUUCCUUUGAGAAGCUGAUGAAGAGCCCGGCGGGUCGGAACGUGUUCCGCGAGUUCCUGCGCACGGAAUACAGCGAGGAGAACAUGCUGUUCUGGUUGGCCUGCGAGGAGCUGAAGAAGGAAUACUGUCGGCCCAGCGUGGAGGAAAAGGCCCGGGGAAUAUACGAGGAUUAUAUCUCCAUUCUGUCCCCCAAAGAGGUCAGUCUGGACUCGCGGGUCCGGGAGAUGAUUAACCGGCGGAUGCAAGACCCCUCCCCCCACACGUUUGACGACGCCCAGUUGCAGAUCUACACCCUGAUGCACAGAGACUCCUUCCCGCGCUUCCUAAACUCAGGGAUCUACAAGUCGCUGCUGCAGAACAUCUCGCGCUCCAGCUCCGAGUCGUAGGGCCCCCGGCAGCGCGGGGGGGGGCCACAGCCCAAACGCACAUUUUGAUUCGCUGAGGGAUCCCGAGGGGAGGAGCCUGUGUCUCUCUCUCCCACCUCAUUCCUGAACCUGCCUGAGAGAGAGAAGCCGCACAGAGACUUGGGGGGCAGUUUGUGGGGCCCCCACUAAGCCACGCCCCUACAGUCACUCCCAACAUAAUCCUGCGCCGCCCCCUACAGACAUUGGGGUGCAGGAACACUUUACCUCAGGCUAAAUAUACUACUGGAUACUUCAGGAUGUGCUACAGGCAAAUGGGUUGGACUCCAGUGGUUCUGUGCCAGGGAGACCCGGGUUGGACUGGAUCCGGUGGUUCUGUGCCAGGGAGACCCGGGUUGGACUGGAUCCAGUGGUUCUGUCUCGGGGAGACCCGGCUUAGACUCGAUCCAGUGGUUCUGUGCCAGGGAGACCCGGGUUGGACUCGAUCCAGUGGUUCUGUCUCGGGGAGACCCGGCUUGGACUGGAUCCAGGGGUUCUGUGCCAGGGAGACCCGGGUUGGACUGGAUCCGGUGGUUCUGUGCCGGGGAGACCAGGGUUGGACUGGAUCCGGUGGUUCUGUGCCGGGGAGACCAGGGUUGGACUGGAUCCGGUGGUUCUGUGCCAGGGAGACCCGGGUUGGACUGGAUCCGGUGGUUCUGUGCCGGGGAGACCCGGGUUGGACUGGAUCCGGUGGUUCUGUGCCGGGGAGACCCGGGUUGGACUGGAUCCGGUGGUUCUGUGCCGGGGAGACCCGGGUUGGACUGGAUCCGGUGGUUCUGUGCCGGGGAGACCCGGGUUGGACCUACUGCAGUUGGACCGGAUGUCUCCUUCUCUAGUGCCAUUCUGAGCAUCACUGACUGUAUCUGAACCAGCACCGGCUGGGGGGCCUGGACCUUCUCCCAUGGGGCAUUUGUACGGGGCAAUUACCUGCCCCAUGGGGGGGUAAUGAGUUUAGUGCCCGACCUCCACUCGCCAAAUACCCACCGACUCCAACAGCCAAUGGCACCGCCAAACAGUGUUAAUUCAUCACCUCCAAGAGAUUUUAAAGAACUUUUUUAAGAAAAAAAAACAUAUAUAUAUGUACAAAUAUAUAUAUAUCUCUCACA